UAUUUUCAUAAUAAAUUUGAAAAUGGCGGACGAUGCAUCGAGCAGCAGCGCUUGUACCGGCAAUUUAGUUGAUAAUUCAAUAAAUCAAGAUGAAUUGAUUAUGAAACAACAGCGUGAAAUUGAGAAAGAGAUAUCGGAAUCUAUACCUCUGGUCGGUGAACUCGAAGAGCUGUCGUCUUUAGAAAAAGAAUACAAUGAAGAUCCUAUUUAUCUAUUGAAAAUUAAAGAUUUAGCUUCUAAAUACAAAUGUAUUAGGAGAACUCGGCCGGAUGGUAACUGUUUUUUUCGGGCCUUUUCAUAUGCCUAUUUAGAACAUCUUCUUAAUGAUAAGGAAGAAUAUGAGAAAUUUCAUGAAAUAGCUAAGAAUUCAAAGGACAAUCUAGUCGCUUUAGGGUUUCCUCAGUUCACUGUUGAGGAUUUUUAUGAAACGUUUAUGGAAGUGGUACAAAGAGUGGGCGAGCAAGCCGGCGGCAGUGCGGAGGCUAUAGACAGCGUCAGAUCUGAACUCCACGAAAAGUUCAAUAAGCAGGGAUAUUCAGAUUAUAUUGUAGUAUAUUUGCGUCUCAUCACCUCUGGCCAGCUCCAGACCCAGCAGGAUUUCUACCAGAACUUCAUCGAAGGACCCCGUACUGUGACUGAAUUUUGUAGACAGGAGGUAGAACCAAUGUAUAAAGAGUCUGAUCAUAUCCAUAUAAUAGCGCUCAGCAAUGCAUUGAAUGUUGGUGUGAGGGUCAAGUACAUGGACCGAGGUGAAGGAAGUCAGGUAUAUUGAUUGUAUCUCUCUUAUCACUAUUUUGUAGUGAUGUU